UCUAAAAACCAACGUUUAAAUAAUCAUUUUUCUAAGCAAAGAAAUGAGCACACGCUGUGAUUUUUCGGAUAUAUCAUGGAUGUGUCUUAAAGGAACAUUUGAAGAGCAAUUUGAGCAGUUGUUUUGUCAUGUGCGACUGUCGGCAGAACAAGCAGAAAACGAUCUACUGCGAUUGUACGAGGAUGUCAUGAACACAGUGGGGUCACACUGGCCAGGUUGCGAAUUGUCACUGUUCGGCUCCCUACACGGAGGCACAGCUCUGAAGACUAGCGACGUAGAUUACUACCUCCAAAUUCCAGACCAGAAUAUGCCCGUUGAAGAGAUGUGCAAAGAAGCUAAAGCUAUUCUAAGUCGCCGUCCUGACGUCUUCAAGAUUUUAGCCGCCAUCGCACAUGACGUUCCCUGCCGGAAGGUUACCAUCUUACAUUUGCCAUCAAACAGGGAAUGUGAUUUGAUCAUAACAUCCCCUGAAUUAUUUAGCAAAGAAAAAAAUUAUAUACAUUUAUUGCACCACCUGUUACAUUUGGAUAAGAAAAUUCGGGAUCUAGUGGUUCUGGUUAAAUAUUGGGCGAUAGUGCAUAAACUGUUAGGACCAUACUUUAGAAAUUAUAUCAUAAUUCUUAUGAUGAUAUUCUACUUGCAAUAUUUGAAUGUUUUGCCUAGCAUACGGAGGCUACAAACAAAUGUUCCAUAUAUAUUUUGGCGGAACUGGAACGUAGCCUUUGAAGAGUUUACACAUUUUAACAAUAUUCAGUCUUCGCUUAGGCAGUUGUUGAUGGGCUUUUUCCAAUUCUACAGCGCUUACGACUUCGAAGAAAAUGUAAUAUCCGUGUUCACCGGUCGUUCUAUUGCCCGCAAGAGUUAUAAAGAUAUCAGUGGCGUUUCAGAGGACUUUGAAUUGUAUAAAGACAAUUUGAGACGCAAGCUAUGCGAGCCAAUUGACCUAAGCACGCCGAUGUGUGUGCAGGACGUGUUUAGGCACAACAGAAACUGCGCUUAUGGCGUUUCGCCUGUACUCUUUCAAAAUAUAAGGAUGUGUUUGAAGUCGGCGGCGCAGCUUUGUGGAUCAGAAUCUGAUGAGACCUUCCUUCUCGCUAUUCUAACAAAACCAAAUUAGGAAUGUCUAGUUUGUUAUUUUAGGUUUCCUACCAACCUGCCAGGU